AUGGCGGAAAACUCUCCUAAUCCCAUCCCCUUCUCGGAGCCACCUUAUCUGCGUGGUCUCCCAUCUCCGUAUAUCACACCCGCCCACCGCGAGUUUCAGAAGCGAUGCCGCAGAUUCGCAUGGGAGAACUUGACCCAACAUGCUAUGGAAUGGGAAAAGUCAGGCACAGUGCCGGAACAUGUCUUUGACACUUUCUGCAAGCACAACAUGCUGUUGCCAAACAUGCCUGCCCCACUUCCGGUGGAUUGGUUGAAGCGGCUGGGAAUUCAUGAUAUUCUGGGUGUCAAAGUUGAGGAUUGGGACUAUAUCUACACUGGAAUUUACACCGAUGAGCUGGCUCGCUCUGGUUUGAGCGGUCCUGGUGCAUCUUUGUAUGCGGGCUUUGCCUUUGGCAUCCCCCCAAUUGUCAAGUUCGGCAGCAAAGAGCUACAGGAACGGUUCCUCCCUGACCUCCUCACUGGCAAAAAGCGUGCUUGCAUUGCUAUUACCGAGCCGGAGGCUGGUAGUGAUGUCGCCAACAUUGUCACCACCGCUACCAAGAGUGCCGACGGCAAGCACUAUAUCGUCAAUGGAACCAAGAAAUGGAUCACCAACGGUAUCUGGUCCGAGUAUGCCACCAUGGCGGUCCGGACCGGCGGUCCUGGACCCUCUGGUCUCUCGGUGCUCGUUGUGCCCCUGAAGAACUACCCUGGAGUUACAAUGCGUCGUCUGAAGGUCUCGGGCCAGCUCGCCGGUGGUACCACUUACAUUGAACUCGACGAUGUCAAGGUUCCAGUAUCAAACCUCGUCGGCAAGGAGGGUGAGGGAAUGCGGAUUAUCAUGACCAACUUCAACCACGAGCGUCUCUUCAUCACUGUCGGAACCACUCGUGCUGCCCGUGUGGCUCUUUCUGCAGCCUUCUCCUACUGCCUCAAGCGCGAGGCCUUUGGCAAGACUCUCAUGGAUCAGCCCGUGGUACGCCAUCGUCUCGCCAAGGCUGGCGCCGAGCUCGAAACCAUGUACGCUUGGGUUGAACAAAUCCUCUAUCAGCUCUGCCAUCUCAGCAAGGAGGAGAGUGACAUCCAGCUCGGUGGCCUGACAGCUCUGGCGAAGGCAAAGGCUGGCAUGGUGCUCAAUGAGUGCGCUCAAGUUGCUGUGCUCUUGUUUGGUGGUAAUGGUUUUACACAGUCUGGUCAGGGUGAACUUGUUGAAGCAAUCCUUCGAGAUGUUCCCGGAGCCCGUAUCCCUGGUGGCUCUGAAGAUGUCUUGCUCGAUCUGUCUGUGCGUCAGUUGGUCAAGAUCUACCAAGCACAGGAAAAGAAGCUGUCUCAGAGCUCCAAGAUCUAA